AUGGAUAUUUUAGAUCAGGAUAAGUUAAAUCUCGACUCAGAACUUGAUUUAUUCAAUGCCUUAGUGCGUUUCGCAAACGAAAGGAGUGCUUCUAGAAAGGAAUCAUUAUCGUCCCAGUCGUCCGUCAAUGGCACAGAUGGUUCAGUAAAACAAACCGAUGUAAUCGAGAUUAAAAUGGAACCAGAUGUAAACGCUUUGGUGGAUGAACGAGAGGAUGAAGCAAACGAACCGAAUGUGGAAACAUGUAUUGAACGUUCAGCAUCACCGGACGUUGUUUUGGUGGAAAACGAGACUGUGGCAACUAACGCCACCAAUGCUCACAGAAACGCAAGUUUAAUUGAAAGACCGUCAACAUCUGCGGCUGCAAUUGUUAACAAUUUAUAUCUUCCGGAAAACCACCGUGUGCCAGUGGACGAAACUAUGCUGCGUCAAGCGGUCAAGAAAAUUCGGUUUCUUACCAUGACCCCACAACAAUUCGCCGAAGGACCAGCACGUUCUAAUCUGUUGCAGGAAAAUGAAGCGCUAACACUUUUGAUGAAAAUUUCUAGCCCAUCAAUAAGUGACUGCCCUAUGCCAGAGGGCUUCUGUAGUUCCCGCUGUACCCGGAACUAUUUCGAACAACGCCAACGAGACUUAACAUUUAUUGGUAGGCAUGGUUUGCCUCCCGCUAAUAAUGGAUGUAUUUUCUCCCCAUACGAGGCGCAGCCUCAGUGUCAACUCGUUGGCGGUGUUUUAAAUUCGUUUCACGUUAGCGGAGUGUGCAGCAACAGCUUAUCUAAUGGUACGGGCCCUGCUGCUACCGCUGCAGUAUCGCAGGAUGCAGAUAUUGCUGCCAACGAUACGCGCCGCUCUUACUGCGUACGUACUGUAAAUCAACAGUACGAUUUUCACAAUACUAGCAUUUCGGACUGUGGUCUCACAUUUCAAGUUGAUAGCAACAUUUGGAUAACUGGUGUGCAAGUUCCAACUCAAGUACUUUGUGGCGAGCUUAUGAAUACAGCAGGUUUUUCUGAGCGGUAUACCGAGAUUUUGUAUGCUCAUAUACAGGACAUGCGUGGAUCGCGGCUUAGUUAUACUCACUGUACGUCACGGGUACGCUACGAUUCAGUGUUGGAGGUGUCAUUUGAUCGUCCCGUUUACAUAAACCGCAAUCAGUUUUACAAGAUAUUCGUUACAUUUAAUAAAGUUGGGUGGUAUCCUAUGUACACUUGUGUACCCGAAGUUGUUUUCAACCGCGUACGUUUCAAAUUCAAUGUAGGCGACCCAAAUGAAUCAGUACGUGAUGGCCUUAUCCGGGCUAUUGUGUUUUUAACACCCCCAGAACAAUCGCGUUCAGCAUUGGAGUGAAUUGCCGAGAGAUCGGUAAUCUUAAUCUUGGAGGAUCAUUUGAGUCAUUUACACAAGGGCAUACAUGCACAAUUACAUACAUAACUUAUGUCUACGUUUUGAAUAUAUGUUUUUAUUUCUGAUUUAUAUAGAAUUUCAAAUUAUGUGUGUACGUAUUUAUGCAUUACGAAACUUUCGAUUCGAUGUAUUUGAUUAUAUUUAAAUCUUUUUAAAAUUGUAUGUAUAGAAUCUAAAGAAAUCGAGUGAAAUAUAUGUUUUAUUCAUAAUAUCGAAA